UAUGCUUUAUUUGUUACAGGUUAAGACACCAUUUGUAGAAUCGAAAUUAGUUCCUUCGUCACUCUUCCCUCACUAAAUGACACUGUUAAAGCAAAUGAUUUGGCAACUGUUUCUGGCUGGGGUAGACUUAGUCAAGGAGGACCAACAACCAUUUACUUACAACGAGUAAAUAUUCUGAUUGCCAAUCAAGAAUAUUGUGAGUUAAUGUAUAGCAAACUAAAUUACAAUGUCUACGAAACACAAAUUUGUGCGUACGAUCCAACUACUGAAAAAGGAUCAUGUAACGGUGAUUCUGGUGGCCCGUUGACCGUCGAUGGAAAACUUACUGGUCUCGUUUCAUGGGCAAUGGGCUGUGCCCUUACUGAUUAUCCAACUGUUUAUACCCGCGUGGUAUCAUACCUUGAUUGGAUAAAAGCAAAUGCUAUAUAAAUCUUA